CUCCCUGCGCUCUGGACCCGUGUAGAGCGGCGCAGUUGUUGCGCAGAGCGGCAGGUGUGCGCUGCGGGUGAUUUACGCAGUCAGCCGAGGCGCUCUCCCACUCAUUCAGCACUGACCAGCACAGCUUGGCACAAUUAGCACUACUACGACUCUGGGCGCCCUUUUAUCAGCCUUUGGGGUGGAUAUGCGGUGAUUACACGUCUCGUUUAACGGAGCUGACAGAGGUUUGACAAUGUGCUAAUGAUGUCACCGUUCAGUGGAUGGGUUUUACACUUUUGUUUAUUACAUUUGAACCAGUAUUUUAUCCAGAGCAACAGCAUCAGUCAGACACUUAAGUGAACCUCUGUCUUCCAAGCCAAAGUCACAGUGUAAAGAGCUCCAGCAGUCUACUAAGGCUGUGUCUGUAUGGAUGGGAAUGGGAACACGGGCUGCCUGCAGUAACCAUGUACAAAUUACAUGGAAACAUCACGUUUUCAACAUACUGCUGCUUGUUCUCCUUUUAGCUUCACAAGCAUGGGCCCAGUGUAGGAUCCUGAGGUGUAACUCAGAAUUUGUAGCUGCAACAUUAGACCUGGGAGGCAGUGGUGGUGGUAGUGGGAAAGAUUCAGGCAAUGUGGGUUACUGCAGCGCCCUGCGCUCUUACGCUACCUGCACCCGGCGCACUGCCCGUGCCUGCCGUGGUGACCUGGCUUACCACUCUGCAGUGCAGGGCAUUGAGGACUUGCUCAUCCAGCACCGGUGUCCUAAGUCAGGGCCCACAGCCCAACCCCGGCCUCUACCCCAGGCCCCAGUAUCUGGGGAUGCCUGCUUUUACGAGAAAAGCUAUGUGCAGCGCGAAGGCCGUGCUCCGGAGUACCUGCACUGCGGUGUGUUCGGAGACCCUCAUAUCCGCACUUUCAACAAUGAGUUCCAGACGUGUGCUGUACCUGGAGCCUGGCCCCUCAUUGACAACCAGUUUCUCUACAUACAGGCCACCAGCUCACACACUAGAGAGAGCUCUUAUGCCACUGCACUCACCAAGAUCACUAUAAUUUUUAAAAACUGGCGGGAGUGUGCUGAGCAGCAGAUUUACCAGGCGGAGGUGGACAAUGUCCCUGCAGCAUUUGUAGAUGGUUCUACAAGCAGUGGUGAGCGGAGAGGUCAGCACAGCCUGCAGGUGCGUUCCCAGGCCCUGGGACGCCAUGCUGAGAUCUGGGCAGCGCACAUCGGCACCACAGUGGUGGUACGUCAGAGCGGCCACUCACUGGGGCUGGCUGUGCGCGCUCCACGUGCUAUUAUUGAGUCAUAUACCCCUGAGCAGGACCUGCAGCUGUGCCUGUGGGGAUGCCCAGCCUCCCAGCGCAUAGAAACACCGCCUGUGUGGCCCACCAUGCUUGCAUACAUACACUGCUCAUCUCUACUUCCAGCCCAGGACGUCUACUUCCAGGCAUGCCUUUUUGAUUUGCUGGCCACUGGGGACAUGAACUCCAGCUCAUCUGCGCUUGAGGCUUUGGAGGAUGCCCGAGCCAUGAUUGCUGACCCAGAAAAGGUGCAUCUAGUGGCAGCUGCAGCAAUCAGGCAACCAUCAUGGCUCAUAGCAGUAUUCAUGGCUCUGCUUACAUGUAGACUCAUAUUUUGAAUGUGAUCAUGCUGAUAUCACUCAAAUGGCAGCUAUUUCCUAUUUUGAUAUUUUAUAAAAAAUAAUCAGUUAUACCUCUUUCAUGUCAUAUUUUCUCAGAACCUUGGUGACUGAACAAUCAAAUUGAUUUUUUUGUAAGAUCUAUCUAAAAUGGCUUAAUAUGUCCUGAUAUAUGAUUAUAUGUGACCUGCAAUAUUCUCCAGUAACAUGGGAUGUUAUUUUUAUUUUCAGAUCUAAGUUAAAGUGACAAAAUAUUUCACUAGAAUAUUAUUUAAUGUAUGAAUGUUUGUUAUUAUGACUAGUUUGAAAGAUUUAUAACUGUAAUGACUGUCUCAUGGGAUGUACUCGAGAAGACAGUCUGGAACUGUCUAUUGGGAAAUUCAGUAUUAUGUUAUUUAAAAAUAUGUUAGUGAAAUCUUGGUAAAAUUUGGUAUGAUCUUUUUCAGUUCAUGUUAAAAACAUCAAAAGUAUUAGAAUGUAGGCCUUCUGUUACCAGAAACAGUUUUAAACAGUUUUAAAACCAGCUAUUGUUUCCACACAAAUGUACUUUUUAAAUUGUGCACACAUAUGAA